AGCUUACAUAUGUAACUUCAAGCAUUCCUGCCUCCUGAGAGUUUUGGAGUGAAAUGUUCUGAAACCUGGAGCACGAAAGGACAAAAUAUGGAAUUCCCAACUUGACUUAUUUCAGAGAUAAUGUUACACAUUCAAGAUGGGAUCCAUUACAGACAGAUUUCCAGUGAAAAUGGUGAGGCAGCUGCAGUUUUUCCUUCUGUUGGGAUCAGUGUUUAUCAUAUUCUUCAUUAUAGUUCACUGGGAUGAGGUAAAAGAUGGGACUUUUUAUCUGCACGCAGCUUUAUCAACACCUGCGCUCCCAGCAAGUGUUGUGUCCUCUGAACGAUGGACAAGCGAGGAUUUGUUUAUCUGGAAAGAGUCAAGCAGGUCAGUCAAACCAAACCUGACAAUCAUCUCAGCUCAUCCAAACAAUCUAACGCACAUGUUCAUGCAGUCUUCCUCCAAAAACCUCAAACUGCGUCAAGCGCGUCGCAAACGUAUAAUAAAAGAACUUUGUUCAGCCAACAGCAGUUUGAUCUUCCCUGGAAAAUUUAGGACAUUUGACCAGAUUCCAAGCAAAGAGCUGGACCAUCUCAUUGUGGAUGAUCGUCACGGAGUGAUUUACUGUUUUGUACCCAAGGUAGCUUGUACCAACUGGAAACGAAUCAUGAUUGUGCUCAGCCAAAAGCUGAAGGCACCUGAUGGAGCUCCAUAUCUGGAUCCUCUUGACAUACCAUCAGCUUUAUCCCACAAUGCUACUGUGCAUCUGACAUUCAACAAGUUUUGGAGGCUAUUUGGUCAUUUUUCACGUCCGUUAAUGCAUCACAAGCUGAAGAACUACACUAAGUUCCUUUUUGUACGGGAUCCAUUUGUACGACUGAUUUCUGCUUUCCGGAACAAGUUUGCUUUGCCAAAUGAGGAUUUCUACAAACAGUUCGGCUCCACAAUGCUUCAGCGUUAUGCCAAUAUUUCUCAGCCCCCUGCUUCGGCUCAAGAGGCCUUCGCUGCAAGUAUCAGACUGUCCUUUACUCACUUUAUUAAUUAUCUGUUAGAUCCAAAGACUGAAAAGGAGAAGCCGUUCAACGAGCAUUGGCAGCAGAUGCACAGACUUUGCCAUCCAUGCCAAAUUGACUAUGACUUUGUUGGGAAACUAGAAACUCUUCAUGAGGACACAGAACAUUUGCUGAAGAUUCUUGGAAUCAGUAAUCAGAUUCAUUUUCCCCCAGGCUACCGUAAUAGGACAGCUGUAAAAUGGGAGCGAGAAUGGUUUGCAAACGUUUCAGUAGCAGACAGGAGAAAACUUUACGGUCUCUAUGAAGCAGAUUUCAGAUUGUUUGGAUACAACAAACCUGAAACGCUUUUCUAAUAUACUGUUGAAAAUAAAGGUUCCAUAAGGGGGAUAUCACUGCAAUUGCAAUAGAAGAACCAUUUAGGUUCCCAAAAACUUACAGUAAACAUAAGAACUAAGUUUUGCAUUUUUUUAAAUUUCUGCAAUAAAGAACCUUUUGCAUUUGGAAUUUAAGCGUUUCUC